AGCCCACAGAAGGGCUGUGUCUGUCAUAAUUACUUCUUAGCUCUUGCCUUGCUGACGAACACACUGAGCUUCGUGACACAGCAGCCUACCCUCUCCCUUAAGACGACUAUUUGAAGCACUGUCAGGGAUCUUUCAAAGUUUCCGAUACAUAAUUGAUGUGCCUGAAAGAUCAGGAUGUCUUAGUCUUUGCAAGAUUAUCAAGUCCUAGACAGUGUUGCAUUUUGCACAUAAUAGAUCACUAGAGAUUUUCAACAUGUGCUAUGUGAGUGGAUUGAAAGAUGAUCUCUGCCCUGCACAGGUUGUAGAAGAUACCCAUAUUCCUACCACAGUAGGCUCAUGCUUUCGAUAUAUUAAUAUGUCUGCAGCAAUGGAAGGAAAAAAACCCAUUACAUCUUUAUGGUUUUCCACAAUAUUCUCCAUCAUUGGCCUCUGCUCCAACCUUUUUGCGUUCUACGUCUUGGUGAAUGCAUCCAGGAAGACCCGAAGUCGCUCUCGUUCUUCAUUUCUUAUUUUCCUCUGUGGAUUAGUGGUCACAGACUUCAUGGGGCUGCUGGUCACCGGGAUUAUUGUUGUGUCCAAUCAUGUUACCCAGUUUGAUUGGCAAGUGUUCGAUCAAAACUGUUAUCUCUGCAAUUUCUUUGGACUGUCAAUGGUUUUUUAUGGACAGUGUCCAUUAAUCCUUGGUGCCGCCAUGGCCGCAGAACGUUUCUUUGGUAUAAACAAGCCAUUUUCACGUUCAGCCACUGUGUCCAAAAAGAGAGCUUGCGGUAUUGUAGUCAUGGUCUGGUGCUUUGCUUUUUUCCUAGGAAUACUUCCUAUAAUGGGCGUUGGGAGGUAUACCCUUCAAUAUCCAAAAUCAUGGUGUUUCCUGACUUUGCUACAGGACUCCAAGAACAAAUUAUUCGGCUUGAUAUUUUCAUUUAUUGGAAUCUUCUCUGUCAGCCUCUCAUUCAUCUUGAAUACUAUCAGUGUUGUGACCCUCUGCAGGGUUUACCAUGAUCGUGAGUCUGUACAAAGACGUAGAGACAGUGAAGUGGAAAUGAUGGUCCAGUUGGUGGGAAUCAUGAUAAUUGCCAGCCUGUGCUGGCUACCCUUACUGAUUUUUAUAGCACAGACAGUUCUGCAACACCCAAGUGGUGAACUUUUGGAAGAAGAAAUCCCCAGAAGUACAGAGAAAUUCCUGUUAAUCUACUUACGAAUAGCUACAUGGAACCAGAUUUUGGAUCCCUGGGUUUAUAUUCUCUUCAGAAGAGCUGUAUUAAAAAGAGUUUAUCCUAGCUUUAAAUCUCGACCAUCAGUUGUGUCCUUAUACCCAACAAUCACCGCUUCUUUACGGAGAAAAUUUACACAGGAAUCAGUGAUCCAAUAAAAAAGCUGGCAUUCACUCUGUGAAAUAAUGAAAAUGUGAGGUGGAAAGUGCUUGCUCCAAACUGCUCACAUAAUCAAAAUUAUUAUUUUAAAUAUAUACCAAGAAAUGGGCCACUAAAUCUAUUAUGUGGUUUCUUGCUGUCUAGCACAUAAUACAUUUUGAAGAAAAGGUAGUCUCAGCUGGAAGCAAUUUGCAGAGGUGCAGCAAAAGCUAGCCAUCAGAAGUUUGUUUGACUGCAAGUAAAGAACUGCUUACAAAAAUGGAAUAUCUGACUGGGUGAUUAAGGUUCCAAUAGGAUAAGCUUUACCUGCAAUGGUUGGUCUUAGAAAACUAUUGAUAUGUAUUAGAGGUUUUACAUAUUUACGAGGCCUACAAACAUAAUGCAAACCAGUUGUAGCAGAACAAAUGCAGGUAAGAAAACUUGUCAUGUGUCACAUCACUUCAGAUAAAAGAUAGGCCAAAAACUGGGCAUUAAGAAGAGAGGGCAAUGGAAUGGGAAUUGGGGAAAAUAAUUUUUCAGGAGUUCUUAAAGAGAGCAGAUUCAUUUAUAGACAUUACAUACACCAUUCAUUCAUUGUAACUUUUUGAUUUUAUAAAUAUCAAUUAAAAGUAUAGGAACGCAGGUGCUUUUUCUCUGAAAAGGUGGCAGCCCUAGCCUGAUCACUAGUGAGUCACUAACUGACUUACUAAUUUAGUCUUGGGCAUAUAAAAACUUGUUCUGAUACAAAUCUCCUGUUGCCAUGCAAAAGCCUUUUCUGAUUCUUCUCUGUCAGUUAAACAGUGUUAGUGAACCUAUUGUAUUUAGUGAGCCUCAGGAAAUCAUGAAAGGUUCCACAAAGCCCUGCCUGAAGAACUACAGCUAUUAGAAACAAUGUCAAAUUUUUCUUAAAAAAAAACAACAGACAAAAUAAACAUUAUGGAGUUAAUUUACUAAACCUUGAUUUUUUUUCUGGUCGAGGUUUUUUGAGCAAAAACUUGAUUUUUAGAGGAAAAAAACAUAUAAUUUUCGAGAUUUAUUAUACCCUGAAGCAGCUAAAAGUUAGCAUCCGAAAAUCCGCCAUCUCAAACCUGCUGAGGCCAUGUAGAAGUCAAUGGCAGAUGUCCAUUUUACAAUUUGAAAGUAUAGUGAUCUGAUAAUCCAAAAGUAUAGUUUCAUCUGAUAAUCCAAAAA